AAAGUUCUAUUCGCUAGCACAUUCUGUCUAGCCUCAGUUAACACUCAGGUGUCAAUGCAUACGGUACGGAAAGUCGGCGUACGCUUCUCGACAACAGCAACAGAUACAAGCAGAUAUACAAAAAAAUAUAUAUACAUACAAAUAUAUAUAAUUAUAUGCAUAUACGACAUUUAAUUAGCAUACGCGCUUCAGUUCGUCGCACUCGUUCUUUGACUCUGCCUUCCGAACAACGUACAACUUCCUCAGUUCCCAAAUUCUCUCAGACUCACAGUGUCGCUGUCACAAAACUCUCUCUUUCUGUCGCUCUAUAUAUAUAUAUUACACAUAUAUAUAUAUACAAUACAAAAUAAAAACAUCAACAAUUUGGAAUACUCGUAUAACAAUGUUGGAUCCCAUUUCGGAUACACCGCUGGUUUUGGCCUAUGUCUUCAUGUCGCUGCUGGUGUUGAUUGUCUGCUUUAUAAUCUUCAAUGUGGUGCAUAAAGUCUAUCGUGGCAUGUCCACCAAAGACACUAUCGGGGUCGGUGUGGGCGUGGGCGUGUCACUUACCAGUCCAUUGAAGACAACCGCGCUGCUGGAAGUGGAUGCUAUGAAAACCGGUUAAGCAACGAAUUUGAAGAACGGCAACUGCGACUGCGACUGACGAUGCUCUCGGAGAAAACGGAAUCUCAAAGCAGAGGCCACAAACUAUAUUAAAGUUCGCAUACAACGUAGAUGUGGUUCAGAGAGCGACGGAGACAGUAGCAGAAGCAGAAACAGCAGCAGCAACAAACACAUUGUACAUAGCCACAUAAAUAGUAAUUAGUCUUAGUCUGUAAAUACAUCUAAAACUAGUGCUUACAAACCACUUAAACUAUUAUAUACAUCUACAUAUAUGUAAAACACGCACUAUACUGUGGGGUCGAUGGGUGGGCAGUCACUAGUCACUUUAGUUUUAGGUUUAGCUUAACAACUUCGUCAUGCCUGACAUUGAUAUUGUAAAUAAAAUAAAAUCAUAUACCAAUAUACAAAUACAACUCGAUAUUA